GUGCAACCCGCCUUCUGACCACUGACGAGUGGCCAAGGCCCAGGCAGUGUUCAACGAUCUCGCCGAGCGGCUUCUCGUCCCGUGGUCUUCCUGAAGCAACCUCAACUGCAACUUUACAAGAGCCCGACCGUUUAUCUCGGCCUUUAUUCCGCAACUUCCCUGCCUGCCUCGAUUUUUGUCCCGCACUAGAACAUCGUUCUUUAAGGGCGAGCUCCCGCACUCAACAACACUGCGCCGUCUUGCCGUCACCUCCGGCUGUCUCUUAUUACACCGCAUCACCAGAACGUCACGAUGGCGACUCGAGGACCCCCCGGCGCUCGCGGCAUGAGCAACCGCUUUGCACAGUUCAAACUGGUGCUUCUAGGCGAAUCCGCCGUAGGAAAGAGUUCGAUCGUAUUGCGAUUCGUUAAGGAUCAAUUCGACUCGUACAGAGAAUCCACCAUCGGCGCUGCCUUCCUAACACAGACAAUUUCGCUGGACGAGAACACGACGGUCAAGUUUGAGAUCUGGGACACAGCGGGCCAGGAGCGGUACAAGUCGCUGGCGCCAAUGUACUACAGGAAUGCCAACUGCGCGGUCGUUGUCUAUGACAUCACGCAAGCCACAUCACUCGACAAGGCCAAGUCGUGGGUCAAGGAGCUGCAGCGGCAGGCAAACGAGAAUAUCAUUAUCGCUCUCGCUGGGAAUAAGCUGGACUUGGUGACGGAGCAACCCGACAAGCGGGCAAUCCAGACGGCCGACGCCGAGGCAUACGCGAAGGAAGCCGGCCUCCUCUUCUUUGAGACUUCGGCCAAGACGGCGGAGAACGUGCAGGAACUGUUUACCGCUAUCGCUAAGAAAUUGCCACUGGACCAGGUGGGGCCGAGGCAUACCCGGCCCGGCCAGAGACCGGGUGUCAGCCUAGCCCCGGAAGGCUCAAACACAACAGCCGGAGGGCCCUGUGCGUGCUGAUGGAGCUUCAAGGAUUGGGUGAUUGGCACAGUAUACGGGCGGCCCAAUCCGCUCCGCUGCUGAGUCGGAUGGCACCUAAGAGGACGGGCUCGGGUUACGAUCAUAGAGCAGGUCAUUACAUGUUACUUAAGAUUUUCACGGGAAGGACGUUGGCAUCACACUUCUGGAGCGGAGUCUGCUGGAUGGAGGACGUGGAUGCCGUUUAAUACCUUGUUCAUGGGUUUAUGUUUGUUCUUGCACACCGGCUAGAGAGAGCCGCACAUCGGGUAACAUGGGAGAGGCAAGGAGGGCAGGCUGGUUCUCUCGGU